AUGGCCUUGUCGGAGGAUCGGGAAGUGUUUCAGGCGGUCGGUACUGGUGUCGGCUCGACAGGUACCUCGAUGUCGAUGCUCCAGUUCCAUCAGCCCGAGAUCCGUGUCCUCGCCCAUGAUCAGGGCGCGGAGAUGCUGAUCCGUGAAGUGCUCCGCAAGACCGGGUAUUCGCCUGUGUCGUUUGGUAUGUCGGAUGAGGUUGCUCAGACGGCUACUGAGGCGCAGGGGAAGAAGGAGUGGACGGUCAUCACGACCAACGGUAAGGCCCGUUAUUGGGGUGCAGCUCUUGCUCCGUUGGCGACGAUCUGCCUCCGCAUCGAUGCUGCCAAGUUCAAAGGCGUUGCCCCGUCUGAGGAGUUGGAGAUCGAGUGGCCUGAGUUCGCUCGUGAAUCUGAUGAGGCGAAGUCGCGGACUGUCCUGAAUUGGUCCACGUCGAAUGCUGCGUCCACGAGGACGAAGGUCGCGUACCUGAAUCAGGACAAGGACGAGCAGUGGAUCGACGAGGAAGCCGCGGCGAUCGAUAAGGCUGGCGCAAUUCCUGAUCCAUCCGGCGGCUUCGGAGGCGGAUUU